AUGGAGGGCGAUGACAUUGUUAUCACAGGCUUCUCGGCCUACUUCCCCCAAGCGGAUCACCUGGUGGAGUUUAAGGAGAAGCUGUACGCAGGUGUGAACAUGGUCACCGAGGAUGACUUGCGCUGGCCUCCAGGGUUGAAUGGCAUGCCGAGACUCCACGGCAAGAUCCGAGACCUGACCCGCUUCGACGCGCAGUUCUUCAACACGCACCCGAAGCAGGCACACGUGACGGACCCGCAGCUGCGACUGUUGUUGGAGACGUCGUACGAGGCCAUCGUGGACGCCGGCUACGACCCGGAGACGCUGCGCAAGCGCAAGAUCGGUGUCUUUAUUGGCAAUUCGGCCUCGGAGUCAAGCGAGGCGUUCAAAAUGGACCCGGCGAAAAUGGAUGGCUACGUCAUACUGGGAUGCCACAGGGGCAUGUUUUCCAACCGAAUUUCAUACUCGCUCGAUCUACAGGGACCGAGCAUGACCAUUGACACAGCCUGCUCAUCAACGCUGGUAGCCCUGAACGAAGCCGUGUUGGCGCUUCGUGCGGGACGCUGCGAGGCGGCCAUCGUGGGAGGGGCAAGCGUCACCCUCGAUCCCCACGUCAUGACGAACUUCAGGAUGCUCGGAGUCCUGGCACAAGACGGCAAAUGCAGGCCCUUCGACGCAAAGGGCGUUGGCUACGUUCGAAGUGAGAGUGUCGGCGCGUUUUUUCUUCAACGCUUUUCUGACGCCAGACGCGUGUACGCAAAGGUCGUCAACGUCAACACGAACGCAGAUGGGUUCAAGGAAGAAGGUGUGCCAUUUCCGUCGGCCGAAGCGCAGGCGAAGCUUUUCCGUGACAUAUUCGCCGAAGUCAACGUGGACCCCCGGAAAGUGGUUUAUGUCGAGGCACAUGGAACCGGAACCAAGGCUGGCGGAAUUAGCGAGCUUGAGGCACUCAGCGAAGUGCUUUGUUCACCAGGACGCGAGAAGCCACUCAUGAUCGGAUCUGUCAAGAGCAACAUGGGACAUUCAGAGAGCGCUUCUGGUGUCCCCUCUGUGGCUAAAGUUAUCCUCGCCAUGGAGACGGGAACCAUAGCGCCCACUCUGCACUUUGAGAGUCCUGACCCGGACAUGCCCUCUUUGCACGAUGGGCGCGUGGAGGUGGUUCACACACCGACGCCGUUCGACGGCGGCAUGGUAGGCAUCAGCUCCCAGGGCAUCGGCGGUGCAAACGCGCACGCAGUCUUAGAAUCCAAUCCAAGCCCGCAUGUGGACUCCCUUCCGCGCUUGAAGCCUGAGCUUCCGAGGCUUGUUCUUAUGGCUGGAAGGACCAACGACUCGUUAAUGCGCACAUUGGAUCGAGUUGAAGCCGAAUCACCGUACCCAGACUCCGCGUAUGCCCUCCUGAAUCGUGUCGGUCAGCCAAGCGUGAAGCUGUUCCCGUAUCGAGGCUUUGCAAUUAUACCCGUGGACAACUCGGACAGGACGGUCGUUAAGGCAACCGAGCGGGCUCCGUCUGAAAAGCGACCCCUCUGGUUUGUGUUCAAUGGCGUCGGCUGCCAGUGGAACGGCAUGGCGCGCCAGAUGAUGCACUUUGAAGUGUUUGCUGACUCUAUCCGCAAGUCCCACGCAUUGCUCAAAGAGCAACACGGAGUCGACCUGAUCGAUCUGCUGACGUCCGACGAGCCCCAAUGCAAGACACUAGGAGGAUCUUUUGCCUCCAUUGUUUCAAGUCAGGUUGCGCUAGUGGACAUGCUCCAAGCCUUGGGCAUCGAACCGGACGGCAUGCUGGGGCAUUCAGCUGGCGAGGUUGCCUGUGCUUAUGCGGACGGAUGCCUUACUGCCGAGCAGGCUGUGCUUUCGGCCUACUGGCGAGGCCGCUGCAUAGAACAGGCCUAUGCCUUCGAUGGUGCAAUGGCUGCAGUAGGACUCACGUGGGAAGAGGCGACAAGACGUUGCCCCCCUGGUGUGUCCCCAGCUUGCCACAACGCGGAUGAUUCUGUAACCGUGUCUGGUACCGCCGAAGCCGUAGAGACUAUGGUCGCGCAACUCCAAGCCGAGAACAUCUUUGCCCGCAAGAUCGACAGCAUGGGCGUGGCUUUCCACAGCAAACACAUCGAAAGCAUCGGCCCUGCCUUCCGGGAAGUCCUAAACAAGGCCAUACCCCAUCCAAAGCCACGUAGCAAGCGCUGGAUCAGCACAUCGGUUCCAGAGAGUCGUUGGCACGAACCUGACUCGCAGCUGUGCUCUGCGGAGUACCAAACCAACAAUUUCUUGAACCCCGUGCUCUUCCGGGAUGCCCUCAAAUAUGUGCCCAAGGACGCCAUCUUGCUGGAGGUCGGACCACACUGCCUUUUGCAGGCGAUCCUCCGACGUGCUGUAGGCCCCGACGCUACUUGCCUGGGCCUCAUGAAACGCGACGCUGACAACUUGCAGUAUUUUCUCACCUCGCUGGGCCAACUUCACACUCUUGGGGUCAAGCUGGACUUGUCCGUGCUCUAUCCUCCAGUUCCGUGGCCCCUGCCCCGUGGUACGCCUAACAUCGGCCACUUGGUUAGCUGGGAUCACUCCCAAAUCUGGGAUGUCGCUCAAUGGAAAGAUUUUCCUUCCCCAGAAAAGACGUUCGAAGAUGUUAUGGAUGUUGACAUCGGAACACACAGCGAAGACAAGUACUUGGUCGGUCACCAGCCAGAUGGACGUAUCUUAUUCCCUGCGACUGGCUACUUGGUUUUUGUUUGGAAGUUCUUGUCCAGCCGCCAUGGAAGACCUAUGAACGAGACACGUGUAAUCAUCGAGGACGUGAAACUGCAACGUUUCACGAUCCUGCCUUUAUCAGGUCGUGUGCGCUUCCAGAUCAGCAUGAUGCCUACAUCUGGCGAGUUUGAAGUGACUGAGGGCCGAGCCGUGGUUUGCCAAGGUCGGAUCCGCAUAGUCGAAGAAGGCGAGACGGUUCUCCUCAAGGACCCUCCGGGAGCACCUGCAGAGACCGUUUCGUACGACAUGGACUGUGCAGACGUUUACAAGGAGCUGAGACUGCGUGGAUACCAGUACUACGGGGCCUUCCAGGCAACCCUCAAGGCUUCCUCGGAGAAACCAUAUGCAAAGCUGAAGUGGGAGGACAACUGGGUGACCUUCCUCGAUGCGAUGGUGCACAUGGCCUUCAUCUGGAAGCCGAAAAGAUGCUUUGUCUUGCCUGUGAGGAUGCAGUCGAUCCGCAUCGACCCCAUAGUUCACGCACAGAUCACCGCAACGGUCGGCGACGCCGGAGUGGAUCUCGUCUGUAACCCUCACCACAACACCCGCCGUGCUGGUGGCGUCGAAGUAACAGGCAUAAAGGUUAACAGCAUACAGCGUCGCCCAAGGCUCCAGACGCCAGUCAUUGAAGAGCAUCGCUUUUUUCCUUACCUGGACAAUGAGGUGGUUGGUAGAGAUUGUGAGAAAUUUUGGAGAGAGUAUGCUGAAGUGUGUUCCUGCAUCAGCCGACGUGUCAUGGAGAAGAUCGAGGACGAGAAAACUCACUCCGACAAAGCUUCUCACAACUUCAUCGACAUACCAGAAGAAGUGCUGAACCGGUACAUCGAAAACAUUGCUCCAAAUCAGGGCUUACUCCAGCUGCUUGUUACCGCCGACAGAGAAGCCAACGGCGCUGCCUCACUGUCUUCCGCAGUGAAAUCUGCACUGCUCACCUCCAAGAAAGAUAUCGAGGAUGAUACUCUGAACACCGCAAUCCUAGCAGAGGACCCCCUCAGAUAUAUUCUUGAUGUAGUGCUCGAAAAUACGAGCUCCAAGAAAAUUCGUGUGCUAGAAUUGGCAGACAAAGAGAGUGUCACAGCCAUAGGUCCACGGGUGUCUGCUAUUUUAUCCAUGUACGAUGUGCAUCUUAAGACUGAAUAUACUGUCGCACACAUCAACCCAGACAACCUCGCACCGGAAGAAGCCCCCGACGGCAAAGUAGCGAUCACACAGGAUCACCCUUCGGUCCAGGGCUCAGAAACGUUGCCUGAUGCUGACUUGGUGGUUGCUUUCUGCGGUGUCAUGGGUGCCUCUGUUGACCUGGAUACUUUCGCUGAAAAAGCACACUCGCAGUGCAAGGAACACGGGUUUGUUCUUCUCUGCCAUCGCACAGCGCUGACCCCGGCAGAGGUGCUCCUGUCGCAAGUGAGCGGUGUUAUCUUUCCAGUUUACUCCGAGGACACCAUCACUACAGUUCUUGCGGCUCGUGGGUUUAGGUUGGUGGCACAAAAGUCGAAUAACAUAUCGGCGCUUCUGCUGUUCAGGAAAGUUACCGUAACAGUGGAUGCUACCAAGCAGGUGGUUGUCGGCGUGCAGAAUGAACACUUCGGAUGGGUGGAGUCGCUGAAGGAAAAAGCUGUUGAGUACGACAGGGAGCCAACUGGAGAAAACAUCUGGCUACUCGCAGAAGACUCCGGCGAAAGUGGCAUCCUGGGUUUAACCACUUGUCUUAGAACGGAGACCAUUGGACGUCACAUUCGGUGCGUAUUUGACGCCAGCGUUAAAGGUUCCAAUAGCGUAGCCCACUUCAACCCCGCCAACCCUGCCUAUAAGGACAUCAUAGAGAAGGACCUGGUCAUGAACGUCUACCGCGAUGGACAGUGGGGAUCCUACAGGCACCAUGCUGUCCAGUGGUACGAAGAAUCGAAGAAGACCACGCCGUACGCUUACCUCAACGUCCAGACGCGCGGAGACCUGUCCAGCCUCCAGUGGUACGAGUCUCCGUUGAACUACCUCUCCCCUUGCGAGAUAACCAGCUCCGAGAAACUAUUCGUGGACGUUUACUACUCGUCUGUCAACUUCCGUGACAUCAUGCUGGCCAGCGGAAAGGUGAACAUGGACACGGCACGCGGUGAAGACGUCGCUGACGAGGCUUUCCUCGGCAUGGAGUAUUCUGGCCGCGACCGGAACGGACAGCGUAUCAUGGGAAUGGUCAAUGGCCAGGGCAUAGCAACCGCAGUCACUUCCGACCCGAUCAUGGUGUGGGACAUUCCCGAUAGCUGGACCAUGGAACAGGGUGCUACGGUCCCCGUGGCGUACGCCACUGCCUACUACGCUCUGGUGAUACGCGCCGACAUUCAACCUGGGCAGUCGCUCCUAAUCCAUAGUGGCAGCGGAGGCGUCGGACAAGCCGCAAUCACAAUUGCUCUUUCCAUGGGAUGCACGGUCUUUACCACUGUAGGAUCUCAAGAGAAGAGAGAAUUUCUCAAGCGACGCUUUCCAGUGUUAAAAGAUCGAAACUUUGCAAACUCACGAGACCUGUCCUUCGAAGAACACAUCAUGUGCGAAACUGAAGGGCAGGGAGUGGACUUGGUGCUGAACUCGUUGUCGGAAGACAAGCUGCAGGCUAGCGUGCGUUGCUUGGCAACUCACGGCCACUUCUUGGAAAUCGGCAAGUUCGAUCUAUUCCAGAACAACAAUCUGGGCAUGUCCGUCUUCCUCCAAGACACCAACUUCCACGGGGUCAUGCUGGACAGCUUGCUGCUCCAUAACACGACUGCUAUGGCUCACAAGCGCCGUCUCAGACAGCUUAUCAUCGACGGAAUAAAAUCCGGCGUGGUGCAGCCGCUGGAUGUCACCGUGUUCACCCGAGAAGACAGCGAGCAAGCUUUCCGCUAUAUUGCCUCUGGAAAACAAAUUGGCAAGGUCUUGAUCCAGAUGCGGACGGAAGAGAGCGAGCACACGACUCGAGCACCUCCGCUGACACUAGAAGCGGUGGCGCGUCCCUACUUCUACCGACACAAGUCUUACGUCAUUGUCGGUGGCCUGGGUGGCUUCGGUCUGGAGCUCGCCGAGUGGAUGGUGUCACGUGGCUGCCGCAAGUUGCUCCUGGUCUCAAGGAGCGGUGUGCGUACGGGCUACCAGAGGCUUUGUCUUGAGCGUUGGAGCCGCCUGGGGGCCAGAGUGCUGGUCAGCAACAAGGAUGUCUCUACGGAGGAAGGCGCUCGCAAGAUUGUCGACGAUGCAGCAGCCAUGGGUCCUGUGGGCGGAAUUUUCAACUUGGCCAUGGUUCUACGCGACGCCUUGAUUGAGAAGCAGUCGCCCGAGAUGUUCGCCGAUGUGUGCAAGCCAAAAGUUCUGGGAACUCAGUGUCUCGACGAUGUGUCGCGAAAGGGUUGUCCUGUGCUCGACCACUUCGUCGUCUUCUCCUCUUUGGCUUGUGGCCGUGGCAACGUUGGCCAGACAAACUACGGCUUCGCGAACUCCGUCAUGGAGCGUUUUUGUGAGCGUCGCGUGGCGGACGGCCUCCCUGGCUUGGCCAUACAGUGGGGCCCUAUCGGAGACGUUGGCGUCGUCCACGAUGUAUUCGGCGAUGACGCGACAGUUGCUGGACUUUUGGCACAGCCAAUAAAAUCUUGCUUGGAGGUGUUGGACUACUUCCUGAGCCAAAAUCACCCCAUCGUGUCCUGCUUUGUCAAGAAAAGCCAGUCUUCAAAUUCAGACAGCACGGAAAAGCGAGAUCUCGUCGAGAGCGUGGUUCAUAUACUUGGCAUCAAAGACCCAUCGAAGAUGAGCCCGAUGGUCAGCCUCGGCGAGCUGGGCAUUGACUCCUUGAUGGGUCUCGAGGUGAAGCAGCUGCUGGAGCGAGACUACGACGUUGACCUGAGUGCGCAGGAAAUCCGGCAGCUAACCAUCAAUCAGUUAAAAGAGAUCAGUGAAGCCUGCGGCGACAAAUCACCAGUGCCUGAUACGUCGGCUCCGGCCGAAGAACAAGAAGCUUCGCCUAGAAAGGAGGAGGAGGAAAAGGAAGGAACGAAAGAUCUGGAAAAGAAAGAUUGAACUCAAUGCUGUGGAUGGCUUUUGCGAAGACCCACCAUAGCAAGUGUGAGCACCAACGUGAAGAUACCAUGAACACCCAGUGCAUCAGAAGAGGGGAGCCGGGGGGUUACAUCGAUGAAGCUCAAUAAAAUUAGGCUUGAAAUAACAUCAACGUGACUUUUUGGAAGAAGGCAACA